AUGGCUUUGGAGACGUGUGGAAGCUGUUUGAGUUGUCUGCUGAUACCUCUUGCACUUUGGAGUAUUGUUGUUAACAUCCUGUUAUACUUCCCUAAUGGGAAAGCUGCACAUGCUGCCACUUACCACCUUCCCAACUACGUGUGGUAUUUUGAAGGGAUCUGUUUCUCAGGUGUGAUGAUUCUUCUGUUGGCAGUAAUUCUGAUAACACUGGAGUGUAGCGUGUUCUAUCGGUGCUGCCAGAGUGAGAGCUGUAACAAAACCUACAGGAGUUUUAUUUCGAUCGUGCUAACCCUGCUUGGAGUUGCUUUCUCUGGAUACAGUUGCAUCAUUUUUACCUUGGGAUUGAUCCAAGGCCCCUUCUGCAAUUCAUCAGGUGGAUGGGAUUAUAUCUUCAAAGACACUGCUGGAGGAUACCUCACAGAUUACCCUGCUUGGUCUCGGUGCACCGAACCUGCUAACAUAGUGGAGUGGAACACCAUUUUAUUGUCUAUUCUGAUAGCUCUUAGUGGAAUGGAGUUGAUCAUCUGUCUUCUCAAAGUGGCUGCUGAGUUGAAACGGACACUCUGUGGGACCUAUUCCGUUUUUGUCCAGGUAUUGGCAUCUGAAUUGCCACAGGUAGACUCAACUGUGACUUGA